AUGCCAAGUUCUUCAGUACGUAAGAAUGAUCUUGAUAUAAGUAGAGCACUUGCCGUACCAGGAUCUAUUCAUACAGCAAUAAAAGAAGACGAUAAAACACCUGUAUUUCUUAUAAAAUUAUGGAAUAUAGUUAAUGAUCCUAGUUUUGAUCAUAUUAUUGAGUGGGAUGAGUCCGGUUUAAGUUUUCAUAUUAAAGAUCCUUAUGCAUUUUGUAAAGAAGUUUUACCUCUAUAUUUUAAACAUAGCAAUUUAAAUAGUUGUGUUCGUCAACUAAAUAUGUAUGGAUUUAGAAAAAUUACAACAAUUGAAAAAUCAAGUUUAAUAGGAUGCCAAAAUGCUGGCGAUAAUUUAGAAUUUUCACAUCCUUGUUUUAUUCGUGGAAGAUAUGAUAUGUUAUGUAAUAUAAAAAGAAAACUUUCUACCCCAAAAUCAGAUCAACAAAUUGUUUCAGCUAUUGAAGAAGUUCAUUCUAAAGGAACAAGUCAAUUUAAUAAAGCAUUAAUUGAUGAAAUAAAACAGUUAAGAGAAAGACAAAGUGCUACAGAACGACGAGUUGCUACAUUAUUAAAACAAAAUGAAGCUAUUUGGGAGGAAGUGGAGGCAUUCCGUGCAAAAUAUAGAAUGCAACAAAGUGUAAUUAGAAAAUUAUGUAGUGUUAUUAAUAUGAUUGGUAGAGAACGAGCACCUCGACCGAGAAUGAUUGGUAAAAGGCAAUUGUUAGCUAUUGAUGAACAUGAAACAAAAAGGCCUAGGCAUAUUGGACGUAAUAUAGCACGUGUUUCCACAGGGAAUAUGUUAGAUUCUGACUUUUAUCUAGAUGACAUUGUAGAUGAUUUUGGAGAGACAGACAAUGUUUCAGAUAACUUAGUUACUAAUUUUGUUGAAGGCUCAACUACAUCAGAUGGUGGUGAUCAGUAUUUAUUGGGUGGUCCGGUUGUUUCAAGUGAUAAUAAUGGUAUUCAAUAUAUGGUAAAUGAUCCUAAUAUUUCCAAUGAAACAGCAAAUGAUCAGUAUCUUAUAAAUGAAUCUGUUGGUAACAAUAAUGAUCAAUAUAUUAUGAGCAAUUCAGCUAUUACUGAUGGAAGAAAUAAUGAUCAAUAUCCAUAUGUGACUCAUUCACACUUUUAA